ACUUUCAGCUAACAGGGAUUUAUUAAAAAGAUGAUUGGUUUAAAAGGCGAGAAAAAAAGUGCAAAACAAAGAAAAUCAAAUCUUGGUGAAUCAUCUCAUAUUAAUUUGCGUCGUAUAAAGCAUUCUGUACCGAAGUCAUCAAACAGUAAUAGCUCUUCAUCAGAAAGAAAGCAAGUUACGUUGCAAGAUGUCGAACAGGGUGAAGCAUCAACCAACGUGUCAGAGCUGAAGUUAGCAGAAAAAGCACAAGCGUUAAUUUGUACACCAGUCGGUUACACAUUGAGUCAUUUGCUUGAUAUGAACCUACGCAAUUGUUCGCAACAAUCGACACCUAUCAGUUCGAUAUUAGACGAUUCAUUGGAUAUUACGAUUUAUUGGGCUGAUGAAAAAGGUCUGAAAUUUUCCCUCGUCGGUGGUAAAUUGGCAACAGCAUCCAGCUUGCUGUUGUUACUUGCCGAUCAUCUGGGUGUUAUUGCUGAAGUUUUUAAGCAAGUAUGCGCUCUCUGGAUGGUAUCAGACUUGUUAGAAGUGCAACUGAAGCCACAUCAUAAUCCAUAUGAGAUACGGAAAAACUGGGCACAAUUUGUUCAAAGAUUUACAUUUGCGGAAAGUAGUGAAUCAGCCGCUGAUGAACCACUUCUUGUGUUGAAACGAAAUGUUCAACUUUCUGUUGAACGAGAGCGUGAAUUGGAAGAAGAAUAUUCGAUUGAAAUAUUAACGGAAAUACUGUAUAGAAAUGCAAAGCAGGAAGUUUUAAAUGGUCGAUAUAUAUGUGACAUCGAUUUAAACAUAAAAUUGGCAGCCUUACAGAUGGCCAUCGAUUUAGAACCGAAUGAUAACUUGGACACACUGGAUAUGUCUGGAGAGGAAGUAGAGGCGUUUUUUCCGCUGAAAUAUCGACAUAAUGUCAAGACAUUUUAUUUAUUUGGUAUUCCGGUUAUCGGUUGCAAGGGUUUGGAAGCACGAAUUCUUCAAGAAUAUCGUAAUAUAAGACUGAAUUUUGAAAGCAAGCAUAGCUGCCGAAAAGCAUAUCUCAAUAUUGUCCGCAAUACACCUUUUUAUGGAGCUGCCUUUUUCCGUGGAUACGUUGAACGACCAUCAGGGAGACCGCUGAAAGAAAUCAAAAGAUUGAUACUUUCGGUGACGUUACCAGAUAUUCCGGUUCUUAUUGGAAUCAGUUGUGGAUACGUUACAUUGAUUGAUGAAGCGAAACAGGAAGUUCUGCUUGUACAGCGACUUUAUGACUGUGAUUGUCGCUAUGUCGAUGAUCAUUUCGAAGUUGCCAUAUCAGCAGCUGUUUUAACUGAAUGCCCAUGUUUUCUUAUGACUUUUCCGGAUACUUCAUUAUCAACUGAUCAUAAUCUAAAUUCUGAAACUGAAAUGCUAAAAUUUUCGGAAAAAAUAAAAGUACUUCAGGUAUUCAGCAAACAGGCCAUCAUGAUUGAAGCGCUUAUAAAUUCUUUAUCCACAUUACUGGAACGAAACGGUGAUAGUGUAAUACCAAACUCAAAGUCUAGUGAUUGUCGAAAGACGGAAGUAGUACAAGGCGAAUCGCCGGAUUUCGAGAAAACUUUGUCGGAUAAUAGCAGUUCAGAUGAUAAAAACGCAAGUGUAACUGACAUUUCAGUGUGUGGACAUAAUAUCCAACAAAAUCAUAUCAACGGUUUGGAAGCUGUUAGUAGCCGCUGUCCGAGUUCGCCAAAUUCAUCUCAUACAGAUGAGCAAACAAAAGGAAAUGGUAGCGGUAGUCGAAGUUCGACAAAUGUCUGUAACUCAUCAUACCCGUUUAUCAGUGGUGUAGGUAAACUUUGCUUGGCUACACUUGAUGCUGAUGGUCACUGUGUGGAUGCACAAGGUUCUUUAAGAGUUUUACUAGAGGUGGUGUAAUUAUGAGAUUUUUUCGAGAUUCAGUUUAUUGAUUUUCUGCUGUUAUAAACGAAUCACCUAUAAUUUCUGCCGAAGUUUUUUUUUUUUCUCAUUAUUUUGUAAAUAAUUUCUAAUUGCGGAAAUUAUUGUUCCUGUGUUAUUCAGUUUUCGAUCUCUUUGUUAUAUGUACUUUUGUUCAGAAGCAUUACAAAAAUUUUGGCUUGAGGUGUAUAUUAUGCCAUAAGAGGGAAUAUUUUGACUGUUGAUGCAAUGGUUAACAUACUGC